GCGGGAGCGACCCGUACCCUCCAGCCGAUACCAGCCAUCGCACACGAGUGAAACCCAUACAACAACCAGAACAUGAUCAUGCACGGCCUCGUGCCUCGAGACGCGGCUAUGCAACCUCCUUUCCGGAGUGUGAUGCUCGUCACAGCUGCGUGCGCAGCAAGAAACCAGGACGGACGGAUAGGCUAGAGGUAUGCCGGGAGUUCCAGCGCGGCAACUGCAAGCGGCUGGAGAACGAAUGCCGCUUCGCACACCCGCCCGAGCAUGUGACGGUUGACGCGACCGACGGGAUGGUGACGGUGUGUAUGGAUUUUGUAAAGGGUCGGUGCACACGCGAGCAGUGUCGCUACUUCCACCCUCCGCCUCAUCUGCAAGCCCAGCUAAAGGCUGUCCAAAGUCGAGCUAAUGCCGCUGCUAUGCCUCAAGUCGUCAACGUCAUUGGCGGAAAGAAGCGCCCACGUGACACCGAAGAUCUGCUACUGCAGGCGACAUUCCCCGGCAUGGUGCAGUAUACCAAGCGACCGGCAGGCGACAAGAGUGGAGUACCCGUCUACCAGCCAGGUGGUGCCACAUAUCAGACAGCCAUUGCAUCGAUGCCCUAUCAGCAACCGUACAUCCCCGUGUCCUUUGCGGACACCUCCAGUGUGCCGGCGAAUUUUUAAGGCGUGAAGCCACUAAGCGGCCAUCGCACGAGUUCGUUCACUUAGUUGG